UUUUCUUUGUCUCGUCUGUUUCAGAUCCAAACAAGGCGUGAUGGAGGCUGUUGAUGAUCCUGACCUGAGCUUUAGCAAGAUCAUGAAAGAUGUUCAGCACUUUGCUAGCUCACAUAUGACAUGGAAGGAUAAGAAAACAUUGGAGAAUCAGAAAGUCACUGGACUUGGUGGGAAGCCUCAAAGGAAACAGAGGCUACCCCUCAGUGUAGCGCGAGUGCAGAUGAAGAAACAGAAAGAAAGAGAAGAAAAGAUGUUUGAACAGAAUAUGAUUUUUGGACAAUUUGGUGGUACAAGUAGGAAGAAACCCGCUGAGAAGAAGCGUAAGCCUGAGGAAAGAGUCUUGAAAUCAACUUUUGGGAAUUUCAGGGGUGGUGUUCUUGAUGUUAAGGAUUUACUACGUUCUGGUUCUUCUUCAAGAACUAAUGACAGAUAUAACAAUUACGGCGAGAACAAGAACAAGUCCAAAGGCAUGGGAGAAGUAGGAGGUGGAGGAAGAGACAUCAAGAAAAAUAGAAAGAAGAAAGCAAAGAAAGGAGGCGGUAAGAGGAAAAGCAAGUAAUAUAAUAUGUUAGCUGUGUAAACCAUUUUUCAUAUAAACGGUUAUAGAGAAGAAAACAUUUUGGCACAAUGAUCUUCAUCUGAUAAUAAUAGUUGUAGUUUGCACAUUAAGGAA